UCCAGUCCCGACAGCCAACCGCUAAACAAUAAACGCCAUAAUGAUUCGGACUCUGAUAUUGAACUCAUUGGUAGAGUUCCGGCGCCCAAACGGCCCGCACGUUACCGAUCGCCCGUUGAUAUCAAGCCUACGAUAACAACAACCGCACGUCUGGAGCCGUCAACUGUCCAUAAUCCUUCACUCACAAUACGCGGCGUUAAAACAGAGAUAAUACUGGACUCGACGUCUGGCCAACACAGCUCUGCCGCCAACACUAACACUACGUACGGGUGUCUGGAGACGGGUUGCCGGCGACGGUUUGCCGACCGCGCGCUGAUGUAUCAACACAUGCGUGCCGUUCACUCCAGCCAACGGUUCCCGGAGUGGACGGACGCCGUGUGCGGUCGACCGCCGGCCGGUCCUAAA